AUGGCGGCCAUGGCGGCGCUGCCCCCGGGGCCGCUGUCGCCGCCUGGCGGGGGCGCGGCGGACGCGGCGGGGCCUGAGGGCGCCGAGGGCCUGUUCGUGCUGCUGGGCGCGGGGCUCGCCGCCGCCAGCCACCCCCUGCUCUACGUCAAGCUGCUUGUGCAGGUUGGCCAUGAGCCACUACCUCCAACCAUUGGCAGAAAUGUGCUGGGGAGGAAGGUCCUGUACCUGCCUGGCUUCUUCACCUACGCCAGGCACAUCGUGGCAGUGGAUGGGAAGAGAGGCCUCUUCCGUGGCCUCACCCCUCGCCUCAUCUCAAGCACGUUAUCAACCAUCACCAGGGGGAGUGUGAAGAAGGCUUUUCCACUGGAAGACAUGGAGCACGUGUCUAACAAGGAUGAUGUGAAAACUUCACUUAGGAAAGUGGUCAGAGAGACAUCCCACGAGAUGAUGAUGCAGUGUGUGUCCCGGGUUGUGUCACACCCCCUGCACGUGAUCUCCAUGCGCUGCAUGGUCCAGUUCGUGGGCCGGGAAGUCAAAUACAGCGGUGUGUUCAGUGCCAUUGGCAGGAUAUUUAAGGAAGAAGGGAUCCUGGGAUUCUUUGUUGGGUUAGUCCCUCACGUCCUGGGGGAUGUCAUCUUCCUCUGGUGCUGCAACCUCCUGGCUCACUUCAUCAACACCUACGCUGUGGACGACAACUUCAGCCAGGCCUCGGUGAUCCGGAGCUACACCAAGUUUGUGAUGGGGAUCGCUGUGAGCAUGCUGACCUACCCGUUCCUUCUCGUGGGAGAUCUCAUGGCAGUGAACAACUGUGGGUUGCGCGCCGGCCUCCCUCCCUACGCUCCUGCCUUUGCAUCCUGGAUCCACUGCUGGAGGUACCUCAGUGCUCAGGGGCAGCUGUUCCGUGGCUCCAGCCUCCUGUUCCGCAGGGCGCCCGUCCCAGCCUCUUUCCCCAUGGACUGACGCCUCGGCAGGGACAGCUCAUCAGCCUGGACUCCUCAAGAAACCCCAAGCUUGUUUCGAUAUCUGUAUAUUUCUAUUUUCUGAUCCAAAGUCCAUGGUGCCAGAACUGACACCUCCUCUCCAGCAAGGCCAGGAACAGACUUCUGGACAUCUGGCUCAGGCUCCAGCUGCACCAAAGCUCCAUCCUCGUGGCUGUCUCAACUGGGAUGUAUAGCAGAGAGAGCAGAAAGCUGUUGUCUCUUUAGUCCAGGCUGUAGCUCUGGAGUUGCUGGGGAAGUCCAGGAAUCCAGAAAAUGCCCAGGUACUAAAGGAGCCAGCCAUGGGCUGCAGGGACAAAAGACUGCUUUGUUCUGCCUGAGCUGAUAAGCAGCAGGAGAUCCAAGGUCACCUCCCUGGGAAGGUUAUGCCAGGUGACAGCUCCUGCCUCAUCCUUUCUGGAGAGAGCACCGUGGCCUGGCAGGUAGCUCAUCCUGGGCAAGAUCAACCUGGCAUCCAUAUUCAAGGUUUGAGGGUACCUGAUCACCCAGGAACAUCCCACCUCCCACGGGCAUGAAAAGGAAAUUAUAGGAUCAAAAUAGGGAAGGGAAACAGAUCCCACUGCAAAGAACAGCAGAGUCCCAAAGAGACAGGUCCAGCCCAGCUCAGGGCAGUGAUGGGAUGUGGACAAGGAGAGAGCCCUUGGGAUGGGACAUGUGCUGCCAGUGGUGCUGCUUUGGGCAGGAUUUCACUCAUGGAAUGGGCUGUGUUUAGGUACAGC